AAAGCCAUGUCUAUUGAACAAGCUAGCCCACCGACCGACAUCUAUAAAUCUGAGAACUUCCAACAUGAGAAACAGCCAUCCUCGACUGAAUCAUCUUGCCAAUCGUCCGACCACGAAAAAUGGAAUCAUCCCCGAUCCAACAUAGCAAAGACACUAGCAACAUUUUGGAGCUUCCUGAUCAUGGGAGCCAACGACUCCGCAUACGGGCUCGAAAAAUACUACAACCUCACUUACACGAUCGUCUCUCUCGUCUUCCUCUCUCCAUUACUCGGCUAUGCCACCGCCGCAGUCGUAAACGAGCGCGCACACUGCGCCAUAGGUCAACGAGGCGUGGCCUUCGUUUCAUCAGCCUGCCAUCUAAUAGCCUACAUUCUGAACUGCGUCCACCCGCCUUACCCAGUCCUCGUCGUAUCAUUCAUAUUUGCAGGUCUGGGUAAUGGCCUCGCGGAUUCAGCAUGGAAUGCCUGGAUCGGGAACCUUGAUAACGCGAAUCAGUUACUUGGUCUGCUGCAUGGCUCGUAUGGUGUCGGUGCUGUCAUUAGUCCGCUGAUUGCUUCGCUGCUUGUUGCGGAUGCGGGCUUGCCGUGGUUUUAUUUCUAUUAUAUCAUGAUUGGAGGUGCCGUGAUCGAGAUCGUUGUCUGUGUUGCCUGUUUUUGGGAUGCGACGGGAGCUUCCUUUCGACUUGCGAAGAAGCAACAUCCCGGUGAUGGCGCUGGGAAAGGAGGGUUGCGGAAGGUGUUGUUUAAAAUGCCUUCUGCUCGGAUCACCUGGGUCUGUGCAAUCUUCCUGCUGGGAUACGUUGGUGUCGAGGUUGCUUUGGGAGGAUGGAUCGUGACGUUCAUGAAAGAGGUACGACACGCGGCACCGUUUUCUAGUAGCAUGACAUCCACGGGUUUCUGGCUUGGGAUAACCAUUGGACGAGUCAUCCUUGGGUUUGUGACUCCUUUGAUUGGUGAGAAAGUCGCUAUCACGGCCUAUAUUUCGCUCGAGAUCGCAUUCUGUUUGAUUCUUUACCUCGUUCCAAACUUCUACGCCGGCGCAGUCGCAGUAUCACUGCAGGGUUUCUUUCUCGGCCCGCUGUUCCCAGCGGUUAUCAUUGUUACCACAAAACUCCUACCAAAACACUUACACGUCAGCGCUAUUGGGUUUGCUGCGGCGUUUGGAGGCGGGGGUGCUGCUGUGCUUCCGUUUAUUGUUGGUGUGCUUGCGCAAGCUAGGGGUGUUGAGGUCCUGAUGCCGUUUAUCAUUGCACUUUCGGGUGCUAUGUUAGUCCUAUGGAAUUGUCUUCCGAGAGUGCCUAAAGAUGGCAGUACGGCCACCAACAAUAAUCGCGGGGCUUGUUAG